CCAUGGCGACCGUCCUGGAAGCGUUCUGCCUUGUCCUGGUCUCACUACUGUGGGGGGCAACUAACCCUUUCCUUAAAAAAGGCACAGAGGGCAUCGAGAAGGUCCAGUCUGGAAACUGGGUUACACAACUAUUGGCAGAGAUGAGAUUUUUAGUCCUUAAUUACAAGUAUUUGAUACCUUUCCUUCUCAACCAAAGCGGGUCACUUCUCUUCUACUUCACCUUGGCAUCGACAGAUUUGUCCUUGGCCAUCCUCUUGACAAAUUCUCUCACAUUUGUGUUCACUGCACUAACUGGAAAAUUACUUGGGGAAGAUAUUGGCGGUAAACAGGCGAUGGCAGGGAUGCUGCUGACCCUGAUCGGCAUUACUCUGUGUGUUGCAAGCAAUAUCAGCAUGGAAACUUGACCAAAAGGAGCCCAAUUUACCAAAACCAUCAACUGAAACUCUUCAUUCCUUUGCUGAAUUUGACCCUCAUAAAGUAAGGAAGAAACUGGAAUGGCAAGCCAACAAAGACCUUACAAGCAGUUGGAUAUGUCCUGCCGUUGGUGUGUUCACAACUUCAUCAGGGAUUUAUACUGCACUAAAUAUUGCAAUUAUGUUCUAUUUGCUGACACAAGGAACUGCAGAUACUGAAAUCUUGAAUAAAAUACAGUGCCGGAGU